AAUCUUCUUUCAACAAACAUAUCAAAUCCCCAAUUUUUUUUCCCAAACAACACAGUCUGUCUCACCGAUAUCGAUCUUCCCAAAUCCCAACCGACUGCCUCUCACCAUUGUUGAAUCUCUAUGUAUUUGAAGGAUGAUUUUGCGGAGUUCUUUCACCAGUUGGAUGAAUCGUUUACUUGAUUGCAUGGGUCUUUGCUGUUUCUGCUGUUCCAAAUCGAGGCCAGUUAUUGCUGUCGAUGAACCAUCAAAGGGGCUUAGAAUUCAAGGACGAACAGUGACAAAACCUAGUCUCUCAGAUGAGUUUUGGAGCACAACCACAUGCGAUUUAGAUCAUGGUGCUGCAAUUCAGUCGCAGAAAACCACUUCAUCUAUCAGUAUCAGUACAUCGACUCAUAGUCUCAGCCACUUUGGUGGCACUGGAAGCAACAUCAUCGAGCCUGAAUUCAUAAAUCAUGGACUACUUCGGUGGACUCAAUUGAGACUUCAAUGGGUUGACCAUAAAAAGUCAAAGAACAGAACAAAAGCUCAAGAACCCGUUUUAAGAAGGAAGGUGACAUACGAAAGCCUACUUGGCACUAGCAAAAACUUCCCUCGGUCCAUUCCUCUAUCCGAAAUGGUUGGAUUCUUGGUGGACAUAUGGGAACGCGAAGGAUUGAAUGAGUUAGCAGGAUCCUUCAAAAGCCAACAAGCUCCAGGAAAAUUCGUGGCUUGGAACAAAAGGAAAAUGUUAGAGUGGAAAGGACUAAAAAACGAAGAACGACCAAAACAACCUUGA